UUAUCCGCUCACAUUGUACAUUAUGUCAGCAUGUUCCAUGUCUGCUGACGUGCGCCCCUGACACAGCUUGUAUAUUUUACGGGAUAAUCGUACCCUGACUUAGCUAGCCGUCCCGCCGAGGUGGCUUGGGGGAUAGGGCGGCUCGGCAGGCACACAUUUAAAUCCAUCUAUUCAUCCCCUUCGCCCGAGAAAAGUAAUGGCGGACUCAAAGGUGUCCGCUGGUUUGAAGUGGGGACCCGGUUUUAUCGGAACGACAGUCGGGCUAGCUUUGUAUGGUGUAACCGUUUACCAAUACCUAUUCUACCUCUCAGCGUUCCCAAAUGACAAACGUCUCCUCAAAACUGCGGUCCUCCUUGUCUUCGUUCUCGACACCUUUGGUACUAUCACUUUGUUAAGCUUUUACUGUCAAGAGUUGAUUUUCUGCCGAUGGCAAACGUCGUAUGCUUGUACGGUUGGGGUGCCUUGGAGUAUGAGUUGCGCCCUUGGUGCUAACUUCUUUACCGCAUUCUUCGUGCAAUGCUUCUAUGCCCAUAGGGUUUGGAUAAUUGGCAAUCGGAACAAGCUAUUGACAGGUGCAGUGCUUAUCACGGCUCUGGCACAACUGAGUUUUGGGCUUGUAUUGUUGGGAAUGGUGUGUCAGAGUGGCAUCAUCGAUACCCUCUUCAGUAGUCCAUACUCGCCGAUGAAUGCUCUGGGAAGCGCAAUAUGCGAUGCGAUCAUUACAACAAGUGUAUUCUUGUACCUUCGCCCCCCGGGUGGUCUUCUCCGAAAGGAAAACCAUAUUCAUAGACUCAACUUGGUCUUCGUUCAGAUGGGUCUGAUCACUUUCCUGAGUUCCCUUGCAAUGGCAAUACUUUACUAUCAAGAUCAAUUGGUUGGAAAAUACCUAACUGCCGCACCAGGUGCAAUCCUAGGCAAAACAUACUCGAAUUCAAUGCUAGCUGUGCUGAAUGCAAGGAAACCUAUCCGUGAUCAACAACAGCAACAACAGGCCCAAGUACGGCCGUCGGAAAUUCCUACCUUACCGAGUAUUCACUGACCUCCACCUGUGAUGUAUAUGCACACUCCCCGCAAUAUGUUCCGAUCUGAUAAUGGUGCGAGUCUGGGAGGGGCAGCUUCCGUGAGGUGUUUCGGGUGAACUGACGCCUGGGCAACGCAUUGGUAACCAACAUGUGAGGGAUCUGAGUGUGAAGGGGUGGAUGCACUUGCUAUGUUUGCCUUC